AUGUUAGAGCUCUAUUCCGGGCGCUGCAAAGAAAAGCCACCGUUGUCGUGUCUUAGUGAGAAGAACUUCUCCUUUGCAUCUGCAGAUACGUACAAAUCUGUAUGUGUCGCUCGUACUACUGAUGAUCUGAACGAGGAGAAAAAUCUGAGGAGAAAGUUGCGCACGUCAACAGAAAGUUUUAUCAGUUUCCGAGGGAAGGCUUGGUUGGCAGGAUGGCGGUUCCAACCAUCGACCGUAUACGAUAUUAACAGCGUAACGAUACUCAAGAUGACAUACAACAGUAACAAGGACCACUCGAAGUGGGGUGUAUCUAUGAAUCCAUGGGCUCCCCAUGUAUGCGUUGGUGAUGUGAAUAGACAAAGUCACAGUUCAAACGUGGUGGAGGCGUUGUGUGCAUCGAAGAUCGACAACGCUGGCAAAAGUUUUACAAUUAUGUUGGGUCCUAUGAAUAUUGUAAUGCACAAUCCAAAAUAG